AUGACCAAUGUAUCCACCCCACACAUCAUCCCGCCAACGAUAUCCCACAAGCACACCGUGAUAUUCCUCCACGGCCGCGGCAGCGACGCCGAAACUUUUGCUUCAGAAGUCUUUGAAUCCCAGGAUAGCUCAUCCCGCUUCUUCACCGACAUCUUUCCUAGCGUGAAAUGGAUAUUCCCUCGAGCCCCGUUUCGGUUCCCCCAGAAGGAUGACAACGAUGAUGACAUGCCAGUCUCCACCGCCGAGGAAAGAAUAGAUGAAGAAGAAAAAGAAACGGGUGAAACACAAUGGUUCGACAUGGCCACUCCCCAACAUCCCCAACAAGACCCAGAGAGACAAAAGCCCGGUCUAUGGCAAAGCGUGGAUCUGGUCCUCAAGAUCCUCAGGCACGAGAUUGAGAUAGUCGGUAUGCAGAAUGUGGUCUUGGCUGGAAUAAGUCAGGGAUGUGCUACUGGCAUCUUUUCACUCUUGGCGUCGGGCAUGCAAGUAGGCGGGUUCGUGGGGCUGUGUGGAUGGUUGCCGUUGGCAGAAGAGCUAAACUCUGUGAUGCACGUCCCUGGGCGAGCGCAGGCUGUGACCAAGACGCCGGUUUUGUUGCAGCAUUGCAAGGACGACCAGGUCGUGCCGGUUGAGAAUGGGGAGGACCUGAGGAUGAGGCUGGAAGAGAUGCGCAUCCAAGUCAAAUUUGACUGCUUUGAUCAUGGGGGACACUGGCUGAAUGAGCCCGAGGGCAUGGAUGGCAUUGUGCGAUUUCUCCAGGACGUUUUCAAGGGCACCUGA